AUGCCUAGAUCCAAAUCUGCAUCUAAUCUUCGCCAGCAGAGACUGAACUUCUCCGCUUCGAAGCGUACUUGUAGCUCUGGAAGCAAAAAACCUAAUGGCACUCCAAUCCUUUCAAAUCCUGUAAUGCUUGACUCGGACAACGAUAUUGACUUAUCGUCUUCGGAGGAUGGAGAUGAACAAGUUCAAGUUGUACGUUCUCCUCACAAAGACAAACAGGCUGUCGCGGGGUCAGGUAUCAAGAAUAAAGGGAAAGGGAAAGCUGAUGAAAUGGGCCUCGUAGAAAGGGAUCCCAAGUGGAGGUCUAUCUACAACGCAUAUAAGAAGAAGAGUGACGUUGUCGAACUGAUCCAUGGCGAGGAUCAAGACAAAUUCCACGAGAUACUUCGGGUUUUUGAUCUUUCGUACGAGUACGGUCCCUGUAUUGGUGUCACAAGGUUGGAGCGCUGGGAAAGGGCUGCCAAAAUGGGCCUCAACCCUCCCCCCGAGAUUCAUGACAUUUUGACGACUCGGCAAGGAAGGCAAAGUUCCGAUUAUGCGCAGAAUGUCUUCCAUGGUCAGGUGUGA